AUGAUGUUAUCAGUUCAAGAAAUGGAUAUCAAGUCAAUAGAGGAUGCAGCAAACUUAUUGAUUUCACUCACCAAAAAGAGGAAAUUAGAGGAAAGCUAUGAGUCAUCGGAAGAAUACUCAUCUAAUGAAUCAUCAGAGGGAGAACACUCAGAUGGAGAAGAAGAAGUUUCAUAUGAUGAUAAUUAUAGGAGUAGUACAAGUAGUAGCACCAAUAAUAAUAAUAAUAAUAAUAUAUCGAGAGUGAAGAAUGAGAAUACUAAAAAACGAAAAACCAAACCAUUUAAUUCUGGAGAUUCUGGUAAUUAUCUGGUUCAGAUUACCAAUAGAAAGGGAUUUGAAGAAAAUACCCUUCUGACCAAUAUUCUCAAUAUUGAAAUCGAUUGGAGAGAAGAAAAGACCAUAUACAUGAUUAUUGAUAUUAAAUUCAGAGAUGAAACCGUACAACAAAUUACCACUCAUAUUGAAUCAUCCGAUGGGAAACUACAAUCAUGCAAACGUUUCAGAAAUUCUGUUGAAACUUUCUAUGAACAAACAAGUAGAAAGGGUGGUAAAUCUCAAAAUGAAUUAUCCCAAGCUGAAAUUUGUUUCCAAUUCACAGAUAGUUCCUUUACACGAGCCUACUCAAAGAAGGUCAAAGUUGAAAAGAGCAAGAAUAAUAGAGGAGGUUCAAAACCACACGGAUUUGUUGAUAUCACAGAUAGUCUAAUUGGAAAGAUGGCAUUCAGUAGCAAUCCAUACCCUACAGAAGAGUAG